CUGGGCUCAUUCUCACACCGACCUUGAGCGAACAGACGUCAUGAGGCUGCUGGUGCUGCUUGCGUGCGCUCUGGCAGCGAGGCUGUGCACAGGAAACCUGAUUUACGCGCGCUUGCCGUACACAAUCGGGCAGCCGACGCUAUACGUGCAGCAGACAAAGUUCCUGGCCAUCACGGACCAGGACAAAAUCUCCACUCUGCAGGUAUUCACAGAUGUGGACCCUCCCGAGGCCUCCCCCGCCGCCCCUGCCCCCUGCCGCGGCCCCCUACACGCACCCCCUGGCCGCCCUGCCCCCCGGCUGGUGACGCUCUCCCGCGGCCGCUCACCGGGUUUCGACCCUGUUUAUGAAGCUUUAAAGCAUUGCGUCAUGUAAAUGUUGUCAUGGAAGAUUUCAUGUUUAAGACACCUUUAUACGCCAA